AUGAGAGUUGUGCAAAUUUUAAGUCUAGUCGCACAACUUGCGACGGUGGUGGGAGGGACGGCUUCGAUUUGUCAAACGCAGGUGGAUCCAAGAAAUAUCGAUGCUGCUACUCGCUCUCAAUGGUGUACAGUUCAAAUCAACACAUGCGGAACCCUCUGUGGUGGUGUCACAGAUGAAAAUACAUGUGAUAUAACAUCCCUCUGCUACUCAUGCACCUGCACUUCCAACUCCUCAUCUCCCGCUCUCCAGCUAUACACCUCCACAAUCCCAUUCUUUGUCUGCGAACAAACAUACUCAGAUUGUAUCGCAGCCGGAGAAGACGAUCCCACUGCUCAGAAAGCAUGUAGAGUCACCGAAGAACAGAAUUGCGGAACUCUAAGCCCAGAUACUGUUUCUUUUUCCGCUUCCGCUUUGCCCUCGAAAUCGACAGUGAAACCUACUCCAAUACCUCAGAUGACAUCGCAAACGGGAACAAAUACGAAUACGAACACGGAUGAAUUGAUAACCAGCACGACGAAAACGGUAACGCCAACCCCGACGGGAACGACGACUGUGUGGACUACGUCUACGGCUUCUUCUGGGUCAGGAAGUGCGGGUAAUGGGACGAUAGGGAGUGGAAGUGCGACGGGGAGUUUGUCGUCGUUUAUGGGGGUGAACGGUGUUAGUAGUAGUGGUGGUGGUGGUGGUGGUGGUGGGGGUAGUACUACAGCGUCGACGGUGUCGAGGACGAGUAGUUCGAAGACGGUGACGGGAACAGCGAUAGGAACGAGUACACCGAGUACGAUUAGUGAGGGUGGUGCUGAGAGAAUGAGAAUCGGGGGAGCGUGGGUGAUCUGGGGUGUAUUGAUGGUUGGAGGUGGAGUUGGGGUUAUGAAUUUAUAG